AUGUCUGCAAACGCCGAAACAUUAGCUAUGGCCGUCGCCAAAAUUGAUUUAAGCACAGCCGACAUUGUAAUCUGGGGUCUUGUCUAUAAUGAUGGUCACAAAGGACUCAUGGAGGAGAAGACUCCGGAUCUACAGCCUGGAGAAGUAUUGAGCGGGGCUAUCUUAGUCCCUCCAGGCAAGAAACUCGUCGCAUAUGAGCUCGCAGAUGGUAUAAGAAGAUCGAUGCAAACCCCCUUGACCAGAUCUUUCCGCCUCGUCUAUGGAACAAUCCAACCCCAAACCACCCAGCCCGGAACCCCAUUACCACUACCAGUUACUCGAAUGAACCUCGAUAACUCCAUCUAUUGGACAAAGGUACCCGUUGGUGGUCAGUCAUAUCCCGAGGUUGACGAGCGAGACGGGGUCCAAGAACACGAGAUGGGCCCGGCCAAAGGAAGCCCUACUACGUGUUGCAAUGUUGAGAAGGAUAUUUUCAUCAUUGAUCGCUCCGCACUUUCAUGCAUCGAGCGCUCUGAAGGCACUACUGGCACUCAGGAGGCUCGCCAGCGCAUCGAAGCCUGGCUGCUUCGGCCACGGAAUGUUGCAUUCAACUUAAACGACCCAGGUAGUCAUCUGGUCUAUCUGGAUCUUCUAGAGAGAGCAUCGAAGUCUACAGAUGAUGAGAUCAAGAGCCUUCUUAAUGUUAAGAGAACAGUCACGUUCUUCUCCGGUCCGGAAAAGUGUAAUCACGACGAGUGCAACAACUGGCGCGAUGAGCAGGCUAAGAGGAUUCGAUUUACUCACCCAAAGAAGAUUCUGAAGCACCCCUGGUGGUCUUUCGCGGACUUUUGCCCUCUCCGGACUUCGGUCUCGUUCAAGGCCUCGCAGCACGCCAAGGACAUUAUCUUGACUCACGGCAUCAGUGAUGAGGACGCAAAACGCGGCCGCGCCUUCUGUCAUGCAAUGAUUAACCACUCCCCCUUUGCGAAUGGAUACGUGGUUCUCCGUCACUUCAAGAAAUUCCCGCUCUUAGUUCACGCCAGCGGUCAAUGCCUGACUCCUAAUGACACCGGGAGGGACCAGCUAGAUCUGAUUAUGAAUCAGGUUGAGAAUGGUAGCGCGUGUUAUGGCUGUGCCGAACAGCGCGAUCCGUUGAAGAUCUUCGACAACCAUGGUAUCCCCAAAGAUCAAGCCACGGGGUUAAUCUAUCUUCACUACGAGGGAGGCGUGGAGGUUACUGAAGAGAAGGAACAUGAGGACCUUAUUAAGGAGACGUGUGCCGGACUUGAGGACGAUAGUGAAGAUGACGACAACAUCUCCAUGCAGUCGCAGAGUGAUUUGGACUUAGGGAGCGAGACUGAGGAACAGGUUACGUUCUACUUUGCAUGAUUCCAUUGUACACUUUUCGUUCGUUUCCUUUCUUUUCUAUCGCAGCAUCUCGCAAGUCACAUCAUAGGAGAUGAUCUACCCGGGUGACGGAAGAUACUAGUCUAUUGAUGCUAUAGAGACGAUAGCAGUUCAUUACAGAUACUCCUUGAGACUCGAGCAGGUUCAGAACCAAGUAUUCUCUCUGGUCCACGGAGCCAGGAGACAGAGC